GAUAGACUCAUGCGGUAUAUAAUCCUCAUUCUCUCCCAACGCUAUGUCUCUACAAUACCCGGGUAGCCCGAACGACACCCCUAUAUUCCAUUUUUAGCUAUCGCUCUAGGACUUACAGAAUGUAUACGUAUGGGGGCACGUUUGACGACACCGGUGACGGAAAACUCUGAGAUAUCCUUAUGAAUCUCACAUCUAAUGACCCUUCAAUCCCACUUAAAGGUAAAUCAGCAUUAAAACCAUGAUCAAUCACUAACGGGGAUGCCAUCCCCAAUGGCAUUGGAUCCUGCACAUACCACUGCGGUAUCUGCUGCGCGCGCUCCUUGGCGUCCCUUUCCGUGCCCGCUACGUGCCAUCUGGUACAUCCGAUAAAAGUCCGCAGCUCUCCAUUUCUCCGUCAUUCUCCCUCAAUCAAUCAACAAUGCUUCAAUUACAGCCAAAUAACCUCCUCAUUCACACCACGUUGACUGAGCGCCUCGAUCCGGCGGCAGUUCCACUGGCGAUUGAUCGCAUUGUCACCGAUUACGACUUCACCACGUACCACAUCUCGAACCUCGAGAACAAGAGCCAAAUCCUCGUGUCGAUGUCGAUCAAGUGUUUCCCCGACUUGCGCAAGUACGGCGUGGAUGGCGUGAUGGCCCGCGAGUACGGCGCGUACGUGACGACGCCAGAGGCGGGCUACGACGUGUCCUUGUUGUUGGACCUUGAGACGACGAGUGCAUUGUCGGACGCUGUGCGCGCGGAGUUGGUGGAAAAAGUGUCGUAUUUCAAGCGUAAUGCGAUGGCGGCCGCAUUCGAACGGGCGUUCGAGCGCUUCGAUGUCUUGUCGCAGGAGUCGGUUGCGAAGCAGGUAGAUUUGUAUGCGCCGGAAAACACCAGCGAUGAGGAAAUCUUGGUCUUGAACUACAGAGACGACGAACAGAUCUUCAUCAGACCGUCUUUUGACAGAGUGACCGUCAUUUUUUCCACCAUCUUCAAAGACGAGACCGACAAGAUCUUCGGUAAGGUGUUUCUCCAGGAGUUUGUGGACGCGCGCAAGAGAGCGGUCCAGAACGCGCCACAGGUGUUGUACUCGCACAAGGAGCCACCGUUGGAAUUGUCCAGGUUGGGAGUUAAGCAGGAAGAAAACAAGGGGUUUAUCACGUUUGUGUUGUUUCCGAGACAUUUGGCGCCAACAAGAAGAGAGAACUGUAUCACGCACAUUCAGUUUUUCAGAAACUACUUCCAUUAUCACAUCAAGUGCUCAAAGGCGUAUAUGCACUCGAGAAUGAGAUUUAGGGUAAGCGAGUUUUUGAAGGUGUUGAAUAGAGCUAAGCCGGAGAACUUGGAAGUGGAGAGAAAGACCGCGACGGGGAGACGGUUUGAACAUUAGUAGCCGCGGCUUGGAUGUGGGUUUAAGCAUGGCCAGCAGCGAAGCCUAAAGGCGAGCCUACCGCUGGGGAUAUUUUGUCUCGGUACUUUUAUUUCCUGUGUACAAUCUUUAUACAAUGUUUCAUGAUCAACCAAGGUAGGCAUAGGAGGGAGCAGAAAGGUGAAAGCAGCAGGGAUGUCUGGAGGUGCUACCCCAAAGGAUGUCGCAUUAUGGAUAUUCUCUAUUAAUGUUCUGUAUUUCUCUGUUUCAUUUAUAUUUCCCUAUUUCAUCUAUUUUUCUGUUUCAUCUAUUUCCCUGUUUCAUCUAUUUUUCUGUUUCAUCCUUUUUUCCCUGGUUCAAUCUUUAAAUAUGAUACUUCAAA